CCGUCCAACGUUCAAUCGGGGUAACCCGUCCGUUUGUUCUCUCCGUCUCGCGGGGUAAACAUCCGACGGGAUUAUAUUUUCCCGCCUCGGCCGACUUCUGACCCGGACGCUCUUCAGACCAAAACGGCCCGACAUGAACUCAUCCGGCCCGAGCACGGCCAAGCCGGAGUAUUCGGUCCGGGCGAGCAACCUCCUCAGGAUACAGCAGAGGAAGAAUCAAGUGAUCGGGUGGCCCAAAGACAAGAAACUCCUCAAACUCGCAAUUUACUCAUGCUGUCAGGAGUGCCAAUGCACUGGAUGGAAAGCUCCAACGCAGAAGAACACAACGCUUGCCAACACGUCGGAUCCAUGUCAGAACUGCUCCCACCUACUUUCUCAGCACAUAUCGCACCUGAAUGUUCUACCUGAUGAGGAGAUAAACCGUCUCAUGGCUAUGGUUGUUGAUAUCGAAAACAUAUACAUGAGUAUGGACAGGGAGGAGGAUGCUGACAGCAAGGGUGUAUACUUCUAUCUUUUCAAGAUGAUGAGGAGGUGCAUCACUGAGAAGCGUAAACCUUCCAUUGAAGGCCCGCUCGGCCAGCCGCCGUUCGAGCUGCCCAGCAUCGCCAAGGCUGUCAUGAACUUUGUCCUUUACAAAUUCAGCCACCUCACGGCUAAAGAUUGGCAGAUCAUGUAUGACCUGGCAAAAAUAUUCCUGAAUUCGCUCAACCAUUGGAACUUUGAGAUGCCAAGUGCGCGGAGGGACACGAACGCCGACAGCAUCUCAGCAUAUAAGGUGAACUACACGCGUUGGCUCGUCUUCUGUCACGUGCCUGUUUUUUGCGACUCUCUAACACACUAUGAGACUACGACUAUAUUUGGCGUGACAAUGCUACGUUCAGUCUUCAGGUCGUUCAAGCGCCAGCUGGUGGACAAGUGCCACAUGGAAAAGGACAGGAUGACGCCGGAGAAGCGAGUCGUCUUUGUCACACACUUUCCUAAGUUUUUAGAUCUGUUUGAAGAAGAAGUCUAUUCGCCGAAUUCACCGAUUUGGGACCCAGACUUCAAACACUCUCCUCCGCCUCAUCUUCAAGCGACUUUAGAAAAGAAAAGAUCAGCUGAUGCGGAAAAGGCUUCAUCCUCCGAGGCAGCCAAUGCGGCUUCUGAAACAUCCGAUGGAAAAAGAAGCGCCGACACACUCGACAAGAAAGACGGAAAAGCGGACAAGAGACAGAAGCUGAAUCAGGUCGAAGACUCCGACGACAUACCCGAGGAUCUCGUCAACGAGGUCCUCACACAGAUGAACGAACGCAACCAAGGGAUCAAUAGUGUAUUCAAGGAGCUUACAACUCCUUAUCAGGAUGCCAAGGCAGAAGAAGAAGCCGGCAUUAUACGCGUUGUAUUUGUCUCAAACUCGAUAACGUCCAAGGUGAGCCGCCAGACGAUGCUCUACCUAAUCGAACUUCAGUCUGUCUUUUCACGCCAGCUUCGCAAAAUGCCGAUUGAGUACAUCUCACGCUUUGUCUUCGACCCAAAACACAAGACGCUAGCUUUAUUGAAAAAUAACAAGCUAAUCGGUGGGAUAUGCUUCCGGAUGUUUGCGUCUCAGGGCUUCUCCGAGAUAGUCUUCUGCGCCGUACUGGCACAUGAGCAGCUUCACGGCUAUGGUGGUUUCCUCAUGAACCACCUUAAAGAGUACCACAUACGUUUCAACAUACAUCAUUUCCUUACGUUUGCUGAUUCCGCCGCCACUGUGUACUUUAAGAAACAAGGCUUUAACAAGGUCAUCAACCUUGACAGCUCAGUCUACCAAGGCCUUAUUAAAUACUACGACGAGGCGACGCUCAUGCACUGCCAGCUCAACCCAAAAAUUGUGUACACCGAGCUUCCGAUCAUUGUGCAGAAGCAGAAAGAGAUACUGAAAGAGCUGAUAGAGCAGAAAAAGAUUGAAGUUGAGAAGGUGUACCGUCUGACUUGCUUCCGUGAAGGCGUGGGUCGGAUGAUACCUAUUGAGGCGAUACCUGGGUUACGGGAAACAGGCUGGCGGCCAGCCGUAAGGACAACACGCGUUUCUCGCAUAACAGAGGAGUGCAGUCACCCGGACACACUUGCCAAGUCGCUACGCAUGGUCCUUAACUUGAUAAAAAACCACAAAAGUGCUUGGCCAUUCCAGGAGCCCGUCAAUGCAAACAAGGCCCCGAAAUAUUACAACAUAAUUAAAUACCCAAUGGAUUUGAAAACAAUGACAGAAAGGCUUAAAUCGAGCUACUACACGACACGCCGGCUCUUCAUCGCUGACAUGCUACGAAUAUUCAACAACUGCCGGAUUUACAACCCACCCGAUUCGGACUACGUUUACUACGCCAAUACGCUUGAGCGCGUAUUCCAGAGCAAGAUGCGCGAUCUCAAUCUAUGGGACAAAUAAUGUCUGUUUGUAAAUAUAUAUUUAUUUAUUCCUUUUAAAAAAACCCAACUGUAAUAUAUCUGCCUCAUAUCGUUCUUUUUUUUCUCUCACUUGCUAUUUUGUAAAGGAAAAAAAUAUGCCCGCAAAGAUUUUUAUUUUUUUAAAUAAAUUAUUCAGAAUAUAAAUAAUACGAAGUAGAAAUGGUGUUUGAACCACAUGGGUCCAACUAUAUGAAAGGAAUGGACAAACAAAUUCUGAAAACGGACCGAUUCGAUAUCCCAUUCGCCCAAAAGUACAUUAUGUUGAGAAGAAUGAAAUAUACAAAUGUAGAAACAUAUUAUACUUUAAAUUGGUUUAAAACAUGAAAAGUUACAUUCAGUUUGAUGUAUAGUAAAAUAAUGUAUUUAUAUUUAUCAAUAAAGAGCUAUUUUAAGAAA